AUGUUUCCCGGUGCCGGACGUCAAUCCUACGCCAAUCAAGAACAACAAAACCAGGCUCACUUGCCAAGACCCAAUGGACCACCCCCAGGGUUCGGACAGCAGCAGUACGGCAGGCCUGGCGCACCACCUCCAAAUAUGCAAAACAACAACUCGUACGUUCAGCAAGGCUACGAAAGGCCUUACCAGGCACCUCCCAACAACAACGGCGGGCAGAACCGCAACGACAUUCAAGCCAACCACGCUCAACCUGGCUUCGUGAAUGGUCCCAACUCGUACCAACAGCCUCAAAACCUCUCAGCCCCUCCGCAGCAGGCCCAAUUAGCCGGCAGCGGUAGUAACAACGAGUUUUCGUACCAGUACUCGCAAUGUACCGGGAGACGCAAAGGUCUACUCAUCGGCAUAAACUACUUCGGCACUCAAAGCGAACUUCGUGGCUGUAUCAACGAUGUUCGUAACAUUCACGACUUUUUGACAACUCGCUACGGGUACAACCCUGACGAUAUCGUGGUGCUUACCGACGAUCAACAGGAAACUUCGAGAGUUCCUCUGAGACAGAAUAUUCUUCGUGCCAUGCAAUGGCUUGUGAGCGGAGCGCAACCCAACGAUGCGCUUUUUUUCCACUACUCAGGUCAUGGUGGACAAACUAAAGAUCUUGAUGGCGACGAAGAAGAUGGAAUGGAUGACGUUAUCUACCCAGUUGACUUCCAAUCACAAGGCCAUAUUAUUGACGAUGAAAUGCACGACAUUUUGGUCAAGUCUCUCCCGCCAGGAGUAAGACUGACCACUCUCUUUGACUCCUGUCAUUCUGGCACUGUUUUGGAUUUGCCUUAUACAUACUCUACUAAAGGUGUCGUGAAGGAGCCCAAUCUAUGGAAAGAUGUGGGCCAGGAUGGGUUACAAGCUGCUAUGGCCUAUGCCACUGGUAAUACCGGUAACAUGCUCAACUCAUUGGGAUCUAUGUUCAAAAGUGCAACCAGGAAAGCUACAGGAAACUCCAACCGCGACUACGUGAAACAGGUCAAGUUCUCCGCUGCAGAUAUUAUUAUGAUUAGUGGGUCUAAGGACAAUCAAACCUCUGCAGAUGCAGUAGAGAAUGGGCAAGCCAGUGGUGCUAUGUCCCAUGCAUUUGUCAAGGUAUUGAGUACUCAACCUCAACAGACUUUUUUGAGUUUGUUGCAAAACAUGAGAGCAGAGUUGAGUGGUAAGUACACUCAGAAGCCGCAAUUAUCAAGCUCCCACCCCAUCAACGUGAACUUGCAGUUCUUGUUAUAG